AUGGCUGUGACUUCACCUGGCCCGGCUCAAUUAUGUCGCCUUCAUCAUUGCUCUGUGGCUUGUGACGGUCAUAAGGAAGCAGCAGCGAUCAUCUCUCGUCGGCAACGUUCGUUUGCCAAGGAUGGGCGACAGCGACCGUUCGAUGGUCUUACAUGGUCGUGGGAAGGUGGCUUGGCUGGCGCUUUUGCAGCCGCUGCAUUGCCGGCAAGGUUUCGCUCAGUGAGGACGAGACUGCGCGGGCGUGGGUUUGGAGGUGAAGCACCAACAGCCGCUUCAAAGACUCAAAGCUCCACAAAGGACUUUGCAAUGUCGGAGUCGAAGGUGGGCAGAUUCAACCAGCAGGUCUUGGCCUCCAUCGAUGGUUGGUGCGACGAGCUCCUUGCGGGCCUCCGUGACCACGGGUGGUGGGCCUCCUCCUCGCCGGUCCUCCCGGAGCCGCUCCUGCGGGCCAUGCGAGAGGAGGUGGAGGAUCUCUGGAACAACGGCGACUUCAUCCAGUCACAGUCAGUUCUGGGCGGAACCAUCUACUACGACAAGAAGCACGUGUUUGCCACGGAGAUCAAAAGCGAGAAGUACACAGUUUCUCCGCGUAUGUGGCAUUACACUGUGACCUUGACGCGGGAACUGGUCAAACGGGUGAACGCAGCUUUUCCAGAUAUGGGUUUGAGCGACAAGUUCAUUGGCAACAAGCUGAACAUGAGCGUUGGCAAGGGUGCUGCCUUUGAUGCACACCUCGAUGUGGGUGUGGCAGAGAAGCCGUACAACCGGAAGCUGUCGCUUCUUCUGUAUUUGAACGAUUCCUGGAGGCCAGCGCUUGGAGGAGAGAUUGUUCUCCUUGGAGAGGGGCAAACAGAGGCCGAGGCAGCAAAGUCACAUCCAGAUUCACUGGGGCUUCCGGUCACUUUGCCACCAACCAGUGGAAGGCUCAUUGCUUUUUGGUCAGACAAGAUCCUGCACAAAGUGAAGGCAUCGGAAGUCCUCAAAGGCAUGAAGGAUUACCGGGUCUCGUACGUAAUUUGGCUGCUGGGGGAAGAGGCGGUGCAAGAUGCGCCCUCCAGUGCGGCAGACGCAAGCACGGCAGAGACUGCGCCAGCCUGGGCGCUCUAA